AUGAUGAUUGCGACUAAUACAACCACCCAACCUGGUGUUUCUUCUAAAGAUACGGAGAAAAUGGCAUUGCAGAGCGAGUCCGCUGGUGAUGCCCCCGAGAAGGAGGAUCUGCGACAAGGCGCCGCGGAAGAAGGGAGCACGACAGCAGGCGAGGGAGACGCUGAAGAGGAGGAAUACAUUACGGGAGUCAAGUUAUGGCUCAUCCUCGGCGCGCUCACGGCGACGACGUUUCUGCUGUUGCUCGACAUGUCCAUCGUGUCCACGGCCGUGCCGAAAAUCACUACAACAUUCAACUCGCUCUCACACGUCGGAUGGUACGGCGCGGCGUAUAACUUGUGUGGAGCAGCGCUACAGCCCCUCGCGGGGAAGUUGUACACUCACCUCCGCUCAAAAUGGACGUACCUUUGUUUCCUAUUCCUCUUCGAAAUCGGUUCUUUGAUAUGCGGCCUCGCGACGUCGUCGAAUAUGCUCAUCGUCGGCCGUGCCGUCGCGGGAAUGGGUUCCGCGGGGUUGCUCAACGGCGCGCUCACCAUCGUCGCGUACACUGUUCCACUGCACAAGAGGCCUCUUAUAACGGGGAUUCUGAUGGGGAUAUCCAACAUGGGCGUCGUAUCGGGACCGUUGGUCGGCGGCGCGUUGACCGAGUACUCUACCUGGCGAUGGUGCUUCUACAUAAACCUCCCCAUAGGCGGCGCCGUCGCCGUGCUCCUCGCAAUGAUUCACAUCCCGGACAAAAUCGCCACGCCCCUCCCCCUUCUCAAGAUCCCUCCCCGCCUCGACCUACCCGGCUUCGUGCUCUUCGCCCCGGCGACAAUCAUGUUCCUCCUCGCGCUGCAGUUCGGCGGCAGCGAACACGCGUGGGACUCGUCCGUCAUAAUCGGCCUCUUCGUCGGCGCCGGCGUCGCCAUCCUCGCCUUUGGCUUCUGGGAACGCCGCGUCGGCGACGACGACGCCAUGAUUCCCCUCGGCCUGUUCCGCCGCCGCGUCUUCUGGACGAGUGCGCUGGUCGGCGCGUUCAAUUUCAGCGUCACACUCGUCGGGAGUUAUUACCUCCCCAUGUACUUUCAGAGCGUCAGGGGGAAGAGCCCGUUCAACGGAGGCGUGGCGUAUUUGCCUUCGGUCCUGUCGCAGCUUGUUGCUGCCGUCGUCACUGGGGCUCUUAGGUGUGAAGGGAUUAUGUUGAUGAGUAUAGCCACUAAACUGGGGUAUUACCUCCCGUGGGUAUUCUUCGGCGCCGUGUUUGCGGCUGUCGGCAGCGGGUUGAUAUCGACCUGGACGCCGUUUACCGCCGCGAGCGCGUGGAUAGGGUACCAGAUUAUUCUCGGUGUCGGUCGCGGUUCCAGUUUACAGAUGCACAUCAUCGCCAUCCAGGCGAACGUCCCUUCCUCGAUGCUUUCCGUGUCCAUGGCCAUGCUGGUGUUCUCGCAGACGCUGGCUUGCGCCGUCUCGCUGACUAUUGGAGAGCUCAUCUUCUCCGAGGGGCUCGGUAGGAACCUGGCAAAGUAUGCGCCGUCCGUGGAUGCCGAAACGGUUCAGAAAGCGGGCGGCACCGGGUUCCGCGUCGUUGUGGGCGGGGACGAGUUGCCUGGCGUGUUGAAGGCGUUUUCGGAGAGUAUCAGCGAAGUCAUGUGUAUGUGUGCUGCGUUCUCGAGCAUGGUGGUGUUUCUCGGUUGGGGAAUGGGGUGGGUUGAUAUCCGGAAGAAGACGGGGAAGAAGGGCGAGGUAUGA